AUGGGCAGCAUGGAGAACAACAUCGACGCCAUCCAGAAGGAUCUGGACGAGGUUGUCAAUGCCACCAAUGCAUACAAGACCUCCGACAAUGAUUACAUUGCCCGCUACGACUUGAUGGUCAAGGCCUCGCGCCUGCUGCAGACCAUUCGCGGUCCGGUCGAUAUGCUCUUCACCAAUUUUGAGAAUAUGGCCAGCAUGGGCGCCAUCCGCACCCUCCUCGAAGCCGGCGUCUUCCAUGCCAUCCCCACGGGCGAAAGCAUCUCCGCCAAAGAGAUUGCUGCAAAAACCGGAGUCGACAAGGAGAUGAUUGUCCGACUGAUGCGCGCCCUCACGCCCCUCGGCCCCUUCCGCGAAACCGGCGAGGAGGAGUACGCCCACACCCCCUUCUCCGAGAUCUACAUGGCGCCGCAGAUGAACGCCAUCUUCAAGGUGUUGGUUGACGAGUACUGCCCGCCCAUGCUCCGCAACCACGAAUUCCUCGCCAAGCACAACUGGAAGAACACCAUGACGCUGACCGACAACCCUUACACGCACGUGCACAACUGCACCGGGCAGACCAUGUUCGACUACAUCUCCCAGUUCCCCGAGCGGCUGAGCCGGCUCAACGACGCCAUGAUGGCGCAGGACUCGGCGCUUGUCGUGCACGGUCUGUACCCGUUCACGCAGGAGCUGGGGGCUCUGGCGCGCGACGACGGCGUGACAAUUGUGGAUGUCGGCGGUGGACGCGGCCAUAUCCUGCGACAGAUUCGCGAGACUGAGCCGGGCCUCAAGGGCCGGUUUAUCCUGCAGGAUCGGCCUAUUGUGAUUGAGCAGAAUGGGCGCGAGCUGGAAACGCAUGGGAUUGAGCCCAUGGCGCAUGACUUUUUCCAGGCGCAGCCUGUCAAGGGUGCCUUGGUUUACUACGUCCGCCGAGUGUUCCACGACUGGCCCGAUGACGAGGUCCGACAGAUCCUGGUGAAUCUGGCGGCGGCGAUGGGGGAGCACUCGCGCGUCCUGAUCGUCGAGUUCAUCAUGCCCGAGGUCGGAGCGACCAUGUCCAAUGCUUACAUGGACCAUACGAUGAUGACCUUUGCGGGUGUCGAGCGGACGGAGAAGAAUUUUGCGAACCUGUUGGACCAGGCGGGGUUGAAACUGGUCAAGACGUGGAGGGCGCCUGGGGUGCCUGUCGGGGUCGUCGAGGCCAGAUUGAAGUAA